CCAGGCCGGGCGGGGCCGCCCCCCCCCCUCCGCACAGCGGCCGCGCCGUCGGCGGCGCUGGGCUUCCCCGCGGCCGGCGGGAGGAGCCGCCGCUUCCGCUGGGUGUCACUCUGGGGUGGGAAAGGCGCGUUCAAAAGCCGAGGGGAGGGAAAAGCCGCCGCCACAGCCGCCCGCACCGGCAGCGCGCCCGCCGCCGCCCGCCACGCCGCGGCACGGGUGGCAGCCGCUCCGCUUGCUGCGGGCCGGGGCGCUGCCGACCCUCCGCCUGGGCGCCGGCGCGGGGCGGCGCGUCUUCGGCUGGUGCCGGCUGCCCCCCGAGCCCAGCCCCCGCGGGCGGCGGCCGCCGGCCCCUGCCAGAAGGAUGCUGGAGAGCGGCUGCAAGGCGGUGAAGGAGGGCGUGCUGGAGAAGCGGAGCGACGGGCUGCUGCAGCUCUGGAAGAAGAAGCGCUGCAUCCUCACCGAGGAGGGGCUGCUGCUCAUCCCCCCCAAGCAGCAGCAGCCGCCGCCGCAGCAGCAGCCGCUGCCGGCCGAGCCGGCGGCCAAGAUCAAGGAGCUUCACUUCUCCAACAUGAAGACGGUGGACUGCGUGGAGCGGAAGGGCAAGUACGUGUACUUCACGGUGGUGAUGGCCGAGGGGAAGGAGAUCGACUUUCGGUGCGCGCAGGAGCAGGGCUGGAACGCGGCGAUCACGCUGCAGAUGGUGCAGUACAAGAACCGCCAGGCCAUCCUGGCCGUGCGCUCCACCCGCCAGAAGCAGCAGCACCUGGCGCAGCCCCACGGCCCGCGCCUCCGCAGCGCCUCCAACUCCGCCUAGCGCAGGUGAAGCCCACGCCGCGCUGCGGGGAAGCGGGACUGAGCGCGCCCGUCGCGGACGGACUUCGGCUGGGCGAAAGCCGGGCAAACGCCAGAGCUGCGGGGAGCAGCGGCCCGGCCACCGGCACCCCGGCCACCGGCACCCCCCGCCAGCCGCCGCCGCUGCUGCUUUGCCACCCUCGGUGCCGAGAAGCAUUUCAAAUCUAUUAUUUAUGAACCUUGGAAAGGAUCCUUUGGUGUGAUGGGACAUCUAGGACACAUGAUGUACUGUAACUUUAUUUUAAUGUAUUUUAUUUUAUUUAUUAGGAUUGUUUGGUUUUGUUUUUCUUUUGUUGUUUUGUUGGUGGGUUUUUUUAAGGCUUAUUUGCAAGAUGUUUCUGAAUGUGGGCCGUAUCAAAAAUGCAAAGGGAAAAAAAUUAGUAUGUACAUUAGCUCCCUAAAAGAACUAAAAAGUUCUGGGUAGUUCGGCCACGCGUGAUUUGACAAGAGGUUUGUUCAGUUUUUUUCUUCAAUUUCACCCAAAAUAUGCUGCAUUACGCUAACAUGGAAAAUGUGAUGUGAAGUUUGGAUUUUGGCUGAAACCCGUCCCACAUACAAAAACUAUUUUCUCUAACGAGAAUAACAACUAUAGUCUGGGUUUUAAAUAAUUUUUCUUUUAAAGCAUUAUGCAUGGUGGAAGAUGAUAAAACUUAUUCACACUUGGUUAUUCCAAAAAAUAACGUUGGUUGUCACUCUGAGUUUAAAACCAGUCUGCCUAAUGUGCAAGCAGAGGGGAACCCGACCAACAACUUCUGCGGUAACGGGAACCGCAGCUGGAUCCCCAGUGCUGGAUCCCAGUGCCCGGUUUGGUGUUCUUGCGCUGAGGCUGGAGGGCCAGAGCGCAGAGGCAUUCCUGAACGUUUCGUUGUGUCCAAGUUCAGGGUGCUCUCUACACCGUCGGUUUGUAAGCGAUCUGGGCUCUCCACCUGCGUUGAAUUUUGAUGGCGGUUUUUAAAUGUCAUGCAUUAAAGUAGCCCCUAGUUUAAAAAUCCAUUUUAUGUAUGUCUUAGUGUGCAAAUGGCUUAUUUUGGUCACAGUUUUCAUAAGCUGAAAGUUGCUCUCUAGCUGAGAUAAACUAGAUUAAUUUUGGUGUUUAGCACUGUCAGAUGUUGAGAGAGGCAUGCGAUCUCGCCUCUUAAAAAUGUUGACGAAGCCAUGGAGUUGGAAAACAAAGGGCUAAUUGCACAGCUGGUGUGUCUUCCUCUGCCUCUUAAAAGUCGGUGGGAGUUUGGCUGGCGAUGCUGGCGAGAGCGGGCUGGAGCUGUUCGCCCGGUGCAGAGGCGCCGGGCGCAGGCUGCGUGCUGUCUAGGACGGGGCCCUUCAGGCGAGGGGUGGUUUCGUGUGUGUCGCUACAGCCCGGAUCUCUGGUGUCAAUUAAGCGGCAAGGUCGUAAGCAGGACAGAGCGAUGUGGCCCAGUAUCGCUGGUUGAAGGUAAAAAGCUGCAGCCGUGGAGCUAUUUAUUUUAACUCAGGUGGUGAGGAAAACUGCUUUUGGCCCGUUUACGAGUUACACGAAUGUAAACAAAAUCAAAGCCACACAUGCAGGACUUUUCUGUUUGUGUGGCUGAGGUGUAGCUUGACUGUAAAAGUCCCCCGUUCAUGGUUCAAGUUGUUUCUGUAAGUGUUUAAAGCAAAAGACUGAAGUGACGCCCAGGGGAAGAUCUCGGAAUUGGCUAUGGCACAUGAUGGUCCCUUCCUCUGCACCCUGAGCUUAAGCUCCAUCCCAUAAGGAACAAGUCAAGGUCUCUUUUAGCCCUCCGCUUUUGUUCUUUGCCCCCAGGUGUCAGGGUCACGUACCUAGACAUGCAAAACACAUCGUGGUGCAGAAUUGAAUGGUGGUCCUCCGUGGUUACUCCCGAGUGCUUCUUUCCGAUCUGGCUCUUGACAAGGUUGCAUGACAGGCUUGGGGUGGUAGAUUACAGCUGUCCUAAUGACGUUACUACUUUGAGAUUAAUUGAAAUCAAAGGUGCCCUGCGUCUUCUAGGAUUAGAUCACUGUCUUGGCAGUCGUAAUUGCCAAUUUCCACAUCUCCGUACGUCUGCCAUUAUCAUUCUGCUAAUGCUUGGAUGUUAGAGCUGCAAGGGGAUUCUCUAAUGAGCUAGUCAAAGACUCACAAAAUAGACUGUAAUUUGUAAUUUGGCUCCUCUCUUUAGAGUUAUUAAUUACAGUUUACUGAGUAACUAAUCCACCUUUUCAGAUACACAGACGUAUCACUGACAUCUCACCUACUAAAAUAUGUUUUAGCCUACUGAUGGAUAAAUAUAAUUGAUGAACAUUAAUUCCUGUGUCAUCAGAGACACAUGUAUUUCUGUAUGAGAGGCAGAGGUUCCUGUCCUCAGUGGAAUCAAGCCCCUGAAUGCCACAAAAGUCUAUGGAUCUAGUCUAAAGCUGAAAUGUUACUGCUCUUCUGGAAGUAUUUGUACUUUGAAAAUGAAAGAUGACAAUUUUAGUGAUAUAACUGGCAUUAAGGUUUGAGAAAACAGCUUUCACUUCAAAUUUGCCAUUCUGUCAGCAGUUCAAGGUCAAUGUCCCACUCUCACCUUGUGUUUCUUGUUUUAAGGUGGUCUGAAGGAUGCUCUCAAAACCAUUUGGACUGAUAUAGUUCACCAACCAACUUUUGCCAGUUGCCAUUGCCUGCUGUGUUAUCUUUUUAAAAAUGUUGGUGUCAGCCAAACUCUUAGCAUGAGUGGUGGUCACCUGACAAAAUCCACCUUGAGCUGUUCCUGUGCCUGCAGCCCGAGUUGAUGUGAUGGGUGCAAGGAUCAAACCUCCCCCUUGUGCCUCCCAACUGUGUCCUGGAAGCUGAAUGGGAACAAAUUGGCUGUGGUCCCCCCGGGGACAUUCGGACUGUGUGGCUCAUGCCAUGUCACUAUAAAUAAGGCUAAAUUGUCUGACGUGGACAAUCUGACAGCUUUCUCACGCUCUGAAUUCCACAGUUUGUUUUUGGUUUGGGUUUUUUUUGUAUGGAUUUUUGUUUGUGUUUUUGGUUUUUUUUUCUUUUUCUUUUUGUCUUGACUGAUAGUAAUUUUAGACCAAGACAUUGUUAUAAGUAUUAUAAAUGACGUAGUUCUGGAGCUUUUUUGGUUUGCCCCUCUACUACUGCAUAGUCUUUAUUAGAGCUACUUGGUUAAAUACUCUCUGCACUGCCUUGUAAGCAAUGGCUAUGAAAGUAUGUCCAGCAGAUUGUGCUCCGUCUUACUGGAGCUUUGCAAGCAAAGAAAUCGGGUUGUCCUUCCCCUUACCAAAGAAAAAAAAAAAAAAAAAAAGCCAACAGCAUGUGGCUGAAGUAAAAUCAUUAAAUCAUCAGAGAGCAAACAAAAAUGCUGGUAAAACACACAGAGGCAAAUGCUUGGUAUAGGUAGCAAAAGCGUGGACAGUCAGUUCAUAAAGAGGUCAAAAUUACAUGUCUUAAGUAAAAAGAAAAAAAGUGAUUAAGGGGCAGAUUCAGCAAGAAAAUCCAAGCUGUGGUGACCAAGAAAAUUUAGAAAUUGGGGGAAAAGGAAGAUCAAGGGGAUGUUGCAUCAGUGAUAUCCUGAAGUAAUUCCUUUUCUUUUAAGGUUCAUGAUAUGCAAAUGCCAGCUUCUGAUAGCUGCAGUGAUGUACCAAAUGUUUUCUAGCAUAUCCUAAUGUGAGCAGAAAUAUCAGUGUCGUCAAAAAAAAUGGUGUGUAAAUAUGACUCAUAAAUGAUUUCUGAGAGAUGUGAUUUAUUUUUCAUAUUUUUCAAGAUGCAUUCCAUUUCAAAUAAAGAGGUAUCUAUUGAAAGAGCUCUUGAUAUGUUGGAGGCAUGGUUGUUGGGUGGGCUGUCUGUUAUGAUUAAAGCCUGAUCUGA